AUGUUAUUUUACUAUUACUUUAAGCCAGACUCUAAUGGGCUAUCUUCGAAUCUUUGGAAGCAUGAUGUGUUUAUCAGCUGUAGAGGGAAGGACACUCUUACCGGAUUCACUUCCCAUCUUGUCAAAGCUCUGAAUCAAAAACAUAUAAAAACCUUCAUUGGUGAUGAGCUUCACAAAGGGGAUUGCAUCUCGGAUUCUCUUACAAGAGCUAUUGACAAUUCGUCUAUAUCUAUUGCGAUCUUGUCAGAGAAUGUUGUUACCUCAAGUUGGUGCGUCGAUGAGUUAUUGAAAAUAAUGGAGUGCGGGAGGAAAGUUAUACCUGUGUUUUAUGGUGUGGAUCCAUCUGAUGUACGAAAGCAGCUAGUGAGUUUCAAUGAAAAAUUCAAGUCUCACUUGCAGAGUAACAUUAACAAUCUUCUGAAAUGGAUGGAUGCUCUCGCCAAAGUUGCAGAUUUAGAAGGCUGGGAUUCCAGCUCUUGUAGGGACGACUUUGAACUUGUUGAAAAGAUUGUCAAGGAUGUUUUGCGAAAGCUGAAUAAUCCUUGCCUGCCUAAGGAUAUCAAGGGUGUAGUUGGUAUUAAUAAAAAUCUUGAAAAGUUAGAAUUGUUAUUAAGUUCGGUUCCUGAUGAACAAACGGGAAUAAUUGGGAUUUGUGGGAUGGCAGGAGUAGGCAAGACGACUGUAGUGAAGAAAUUAUUUGAGAAACAUUCUUAUCGGUAUGAAGGUUCCUGUUUCUUAGAAGGUGUUCUGGAAAGAUUGGAAAAGUAUGGGCAGGAGAUAGAUGAGUUGUGUAAUCAACUUCACUCCAAGUUGUUAGAAGGAAAAGACUUCCCAAAUAGCAUGGCAGAUACAAAUUCUGCAAAGUGCUGUCUCUGCAGACAAAGAAGUUUCAUAGUUCUUGAUGAUGUGGGUAGUUCAAAGCAAUUAGAAUACCUAGUUGGAGACCUUCAAUGCUAUGGUGCAGGAAGUAGAAUAAUUGUAAUUACAAGGAACAAGAGUGUGCUGGAAAAAAGAGUUGAAAAAAUUUAUAAGAUGGAGGUGUUAGAUUUUCAAGAUUCCCUUACUCUGUUUAGCUUGAAUGCAUUCAAUCAAAAUUAUCCAAAAACGGGAUACCAAGAGCUAUCAUGGAAAGCAGUUACCUAUUGCAAAGGUGUCCCGUUAAAUUUAAAAGUAUUGGGUUCUUUUCUUCAUUCCAAGAGUGAAACUGAAUGGGAUAGUGCGCUGCAAAAACUCGAGAAGAAUCCUAAUGCAUCAAUUCAAAAUGUGUUAAGAUUGAGUUAUGAUGGGUCAGAUUAUCAGCAGAAUCACAUUGUUUUAGACAUUGCAACAUUUUUUAAGGGAGAGCAAAAAGAACAGAGAAUUGAUGUAUUAAUAAGUUCCCUUCUUGAUGAGGCUCUAUUAGCUAUAUAUGAACAUUUUGAGUUGUUGCAGGAUUUGAACAAGAAAUGGGGAGGGGAAUCAUUAGUCAGAAAUCUAUCAAGAAUCCUGAAAAUCAUAGCCAUUUGUGGGGUUUUGGUGAUAAUUGUGAUGUUUUGGAAAACAGCAAGGUAUCGGACAUAAUUGUUUUUAGGGUAAAUUACACUAGCCUCUCUUGAGGUUAUCUGAUAUUACACUUGGCAUUGCUGAUUUGUCAUAUUUACAUUAGCAUCCCUUAAUGUUAUGUUUAUAGGAUAUGCCAAUUUCGCAUAUCAUCAGAGCCACGUUUAUCAAAAAAUAAAAAGGUAAAGUAUAUUUUUUGUCAUUGAAAUUUGUUAAAAGUUUAAAAAAUAUUCUUAAGUUUUAUUUUGUUUCAAUUUUGUCCUAGAAGUUUUCGAUUUGUAUUAAAUAUACUUUUGACAGCUAAAUUUUACUAUGUUUAGAAUCAAUCUAGCAAUAAUGCAUGACAAUUAUGUAUGAUUU